CCAUUGGAUAUGGAUUAUUAAUUUAUUUAUUAAUUGCACAUUUUGAAAUAAACAAAAUGUAUUAUUAUAAAGUGGGAAAUGGGAAUGAUAUGGAUUCAUCAUCACCAAUGCACUUAAGGGUAUAAGAACCCACCAACUUGUGCAACAUCAGCUCCUAUUGGCCGUUACAAAAGCUUUCUCGAGAAAAUCGAUUCAACAUUUAGAUUACUAUAUAAGCACAUCACUCUCUCACGCAACUCAUGCUUUUAAUCUACCAAUUUAUAAAUUCCUCCACGCUAACAACAAAACCAUUGUCCACUUACAAAUUUUUUGUCAUCUUCAUCAACAAACAAACAACCAUCUCUGCAAAAUUGGCUGAAACCUCUUAGAAGUUCUUUCCUAUGUUCCAAAUUAUUCAUAUUUUCAGAUUUUCUACUAAUAACAAUGUCAGAAACAUCAAAGUCAGAGUCUUUAGAUCCAGAAGUCUCUGUUUCUGAAGGGUUUUGUUCAAAGACCUUGAUGCAGAGCAUUUUUCAUGAGCUAAACCUGCAAAUGAGAAUUGGUUUGCCAUUGGUGGUUAUGAACUUGUUGUGGUUCGGUAAGAUGACCACCACAUCUGUGUUUCUUGGCCGUCAAGGUGAGCUUAACCUAGCUGGAGGUUCAUUAGGGUUUUCCUUUGCAAACGUUACUGGCUUUGCUGUUUUGUAUGGUAUUUCUGCUGCAAUGGAGCCUAUUUGUGGCCAAGCUUUCGGAGCCAAGAACUUUAAGCUUCUCCACAAAACCCUUUUUAUGGCAGUGCUCUUGCUACUCUUGAUUUCGGUACCAAUUUCUUCCUUGUGGCUCAAUGUUCACAAGAUACUUAUUGGUUUUGGUCAAAGAAAAGAUAUUUCCUUCAUAGCCAAGAGAUAUCUUCUCUACCUUCUUCCAGAGUUGCCAAUCCUCUCUUUGCUUUGUCCACUUAAGGCUUACUUAAGCUCACAAGGUGUAACUCUCCCCAUCAUGUUCACAACAGCUGCAGCCACUUCUCUUCAUAUCCCCAUUAACAUAAUCCUCUCUAAAGCAAAAGGAAUGGAAGGAGUUGCAAUGGCGGUUUGGAUAACCGAUUUUAUUGUUGUCAUUCUUCUAACCGGGUAUGUGAUUGUCGCAGAGCGAUUGAAAGAGAACAAAUGGAAAGAAGGUGGCUGGUUAGACCAAAGUGCUCAAGACUGGCUCACACUGAUCAAGCUUAGUGGACCAUGUUGUCUCACCGUGUGCCUUGAGUGGUGGUGCUACGAGAUCUUGGUCCUUUUAACCGGGAGGUUACCAAACCCGGUGCAAGCUGUAUCAAUCUUGAUAAUAGUUUUCAACUUCGACUACUUGCUUUACGCCGUGAUGCUCUCUUUAGGCACGUGUGUGGCAACAAGAGUGUCCAAUGAGCUCGGCGCAAAUAAUCCCAAGGGAGCUUAUAGAGCAGCUUAUACUACACUCAUUGUGGGUGUUAUUUCAGGAUGCAUUGGAGCUUUAGUGAUGAUAACAUGUAGAGGUGUUUGGGGGUCUUUGUAUACUCACCAUGACCAAAUCAUCUUAAACGGUGUGAAGAAGAUGAUGCUGAUAAUGGCGGUUAUCGAAGUUGUAAACUUCCCAUUAGUGGUUUGCGGAGAGAUUGUACGCGGAACAGCAAAACUGUCGCUUGGAAUGUAUGCAAAUCUUACUGGAUUCUAUCUAUUGGCUUUGCCUUUGGGGGCAACUUUGGCGUUCAAGGCUAAACAAGGGCUUGAAGGGUUCUUGAUCGGGUUUUUGGUCGGUAUCUCUGUCUGUCUCUCGAUAUUGCUCAUCUUUAUUGCGAGGAUAGAUUGGGAGAAAGAAGCUGGGAAAGCACAGAUUCUGACAUGUAACACAGUGGAAGAACAAACUUCACAAGGUUCAUAGAGGCCGUAUCUUCUUGGUAGAUACUAGAGAUGUAGUCAAGUUACCUUGUGAGAGUAUUAAUCUUCUUGAUGCAACUGUAACUAUAUAUGAAUUGAGGAUCUCAUCCUUUGUAUUAUUGUAUAUAAAA